AGUUCAAAUUCAAAUGCGGGUUGACUGUGACCCCAUAGAAGCAGCUGCUUGCUCAAGAUCGAUGGUUGUAUGUACAUGUGGCUCCGAGACAACGGUGAUUGGAAGAGACUGCAUACCAACCAGAGAAGAGGUUUUGGAUUUCAUCGCAUUCAAGUAUUUCAAGGAAAUUGAUGCAUCAAACACGCAUGAGCGAAAUGAGUUUCUGCAAUAUCUCAGGGACGUGCGUAAAGUCCUGUUUGUUGAUGCUCAAACAGGAAGCAUAAAAGUAACCAUGGAAUGUAGCUCUCUGCAGGUAUUAGACGAUUUGUGGGAAGACUAUUGUACGGGCCACCUUAAUGAGAUGGCACAAAAACAUCUUGUCACAGAGGAUGUUCUAAACGAGUUUGGUCUUAUUGAGGUGCAAUUAUCGACAACCAUUCGAGAAGAGGAAUACAUAGCUGCUCGAGAUUAUUUCAUGCCCUGUACAGGACUGAGGUUUCCUAAAGUCAAUGCUGCAAAACCAAGAGUAACGACCCUUCCAUACAGCAAAGAGCACGUUGAUGUCGCGGAUACUCACAGCAGCUUGGGUAGCACAAAGUCUGAAUCGGGUGACGGUUUGCAACAGGUAAAGGAGCAAUAUGAAGGUACUUUAGACAGUCAGUUAAAAACACUUGGUCCUGAGCAUGAAGAUGUCGCCUUCACUUACCACAGCUUGGGUAAUGUACACCUCGACUUACGUGUUCUGCACCAGGCCAAAGAGCAUUUUGAACAUGCUCUAGACAUUCAAUUAAAGAAGCUUGGAUCUGAUCAUGUUGAUGUCGCACGUACGUGCUACAACCUGGGUAAUAUACACCGACAGUUGGGUAACCUGCAACAGGCCAAGGAGCUCAGUGAACGUACCCUGGACAUUCAAUUAGGAAAUCGUGGGACCGAGUAUGUUCGUGUCGCUCUUACUGAAGAUAACUCUGGUGAAGUGCACCAACAGUUGGUUGAUUUGCAACGGGCCAAAGAGUAUUAUGAACGCACUCUAAACAUUCAGUUGAAAAAACUUCGACCCGAACAUAUAGCUGUCGCCCUUACUAACCAUGGUUUGGGUGAUGUACAUCUUGACUUGUGUGACCCGCGGCGGGCCAAAGAGUAUUAUGAACGUGCUCUAGAAAUUAGGCUGAAAGAACUUGGAACUGAGCUUCUCGAUGUAGCCCUUAGCUACCAUACACUGGGUGUAGUAUGUCGGCAGCUGGGUGAUUUGCAGAGGGCUAAGGAGCACUUUGCAAGAGCUCUUGACAUUAAGUUAGAAGGGCUUGGACCCAGCCAUGUUAAUGUCGCGCUUACGUACCAUAACCUGGGUGUAACACACCGGCAGUUGGGUGACCUGCAGCGGGCUAAAGAGCAUAUUGAAUGUGCUCUGGACAUCCAGUUGAAGAACCCUGAAACAAUGCAUGUUGAUGUGGCGGGUACUUCCUACAGCUUGGGUAAUGUAUACCUGGAAAUGGGAAACCUGCAUCAGGCCAAGAUAAAUUAUGACCGAGCUCUAUGCAUUCUGUUAAAAAUGCUUGGACCAGAGCACCUCGAAGUCGCGCUCAUCUAUCGUAGCUUGGGUGAAAUACACCAGCAGUUGGAUUCCUUGACACAGGCCAGGGAAAGUUAUGAACGAGCUCUAGAAAUUGAUAUGAGAAAACUUGGACCCGUGCACCUUGAAGUCGCGGAUAUAUUUCAUAGCUUGGGUAAUGUUUACCAUGACAUGGGCUACCUGACUCAAGCUAAAGAGCAUUAUCGACGUGCUCUGAACGUUAGGCUGAGAAAGCAUGGACCCCGACAUGUUGAUGUCGUGCGUAGCUACCAUAGCCUGGGUAAUGUACACCUUGACUUGGGUUACCUGCAACAGGCCAAACGAGAUUAUGCACGUGCUCUAAACAUCUGGAAGAGAAUGUUUGGAAUCGAGGAUGUCCAUGUCGCGCUCAGCUGCCAUAACAUGGGUGUAGUGUACCAGCACUUAGGUGAUCUGCAACACGCCCAGGAUUGCUUUGAAAUUCCCCUGCAGAUUCGAUUGAAAAAGCUUGGACCCAACCACUGUGAUGUCGCACUUUCAUACCAUACGUUAGGUGUAGUACACCAUCAACUGGGUGACUUGAGAAAGGCGAAGGAGUAUUACAUACGAGCUCUUAGUGUUGAUUCUACAUACGAGAACCCAGGUAAUGCAUACCUUGACAUUGGUGACCUACAGCAGGCCGAGAAACAUUACGAACGUUCCCUAACCACCAGGCUCAGAACGAGUAGACCCCUGAGAAAGCAUGGGCCCCAGCAAGCUGCUGUCGCGCUUACUUACCAUAACCUAGGUAAUGUACACUUUGACCUGGGUGAUCUGCAACAGGCCAUAAAAAAUUAUGCACGCGCUGUACAAAUUAGGGGGAGAGUGUUUGGAAUCGAGGAUGUUCAUGUCGCACUUAGCUGCCACAACAUGGGUGUAGUAUACCAACAGUUAGGUGAUUUGCAACAUGCCCAGGAGUGCUUUGAAAUUGCCCUGGAAAUCCGAUUGAAAAAGCUUGGACCCAAUCACGAUGAUGUCGCACUUACAUACCAUAGCUUAGGUGUAGUACACCAUCAGCUGGGUGACUUGACAAAGGCCGAGGAGUAUCACGAACGAACUCUUAGCUUUGAGUUAAAGAAUCUUGGACCUGAGCUUAUCGAUCUCGCGUCUACGUACGAGAACCUAGGUGAUGUAUACCUUGACGCCGGGGAGCUGGAACAGGCCGAGAAGCAUUACAGACUUGCUCUGAAUAUGAGGCUCAGAACGCUUGGACCCGAGCAUUUUGAUGUCAAGCGUACUUACCAUUUGCUAGAAAGAGUACACACAACCAUGAGUGACCAUGGAUCUGACAUAGAUAUGGUAAAACUUGGACCUCAGUAUGUGAAUGUUGUGGAUCCCCCGUUAACAAGGGUGAAGCUCCGCAGGAUUUGA